CUUGACAUAAUUUAUCUAAACUUAGCAUGUGAAACACAAUUUUAAUCAUUGAUAAUGGGACGUUUUUUGUUCUAUUUCUCGUAUGUAGGCACUCGCUACAGAGGAUUACAGAGACAGAGUACCACUGGCAUUGAUGAUACUAUUCAAGGAAGACUUGUGGAUUUUACCAGAGAUGUGUUAGGGCGUGACCUGAGUGACCCUACAGCAACGUUGUCAUCAUUGGUGUCUAGUAGAACGGAUGUAGGGGUCCAUGCAUUAAAUAACACAAUCACUGUUGAUUUUCCAGAUAGAAAACAAAAUGGACAACAGCAUGAUCUUAUGAUGAUACAAAAGAUAUUAAAUAUGAGGCUUGGGAAGAAAGGAGAAGAAAUAAGAGUUCAUAGCAUACAGCAGGUAGCUGAUAAUUUCCGUUGUUUCAGUAAACCUUACAGAAGACAUUAUAUCUACAGAUUAGGUAUCUUUAAAGAUUCAGCAUACGUCAGCAGUGGUACACCACUACCAAUCAUUGACAGGGGAUUUGUACAUCUUUUACACCCACCAUUCAGCAUGGAUAAAUUUCUACAAGCAGCAGAGGUUAUGUGUGGAACCAACAAUUUCACAUCAUUUACCAGUGUGAAAAAAAUAACGGAAGAAUUCAAAAAUCCAGUACGGACAGUUUCAAUCAAUAUAAAAAGAGGUGCUCCUUACAUGGCAGGAUCCACAGAAGAAUGUCAAGAGAAAUUAGAAUUCUGGGACGUUCAUAUUAUCAGUAAAUCAUUCAUGUAUAAACAGAUUAGAAGAAUGGUUAAUGGUUUAGUGGCUGUAGCCUGUGGCAAGUGUAGUGUGGAAGAUUUGAGACAAACAUUAAAAGAUCCAGCUCAUAAAGUCAAAUAUCUAGAAAGGUCCUUCCCACCAUGGGCCUUGUUUCUAAAUAAUGUGGAAUACUAUCCUGAAGACUUGAUUUAUCCAGGACCCCUUCCGGAACUUCAAAAGGAAUAUAGAACAUUGUCAAAAACUCUUGAAAAAUAUCUGCAUUUACAAGGAAACUCUGAUGGUAUUAAAGACAGAACAUUGGAUACAAUUAAUGUGCCAGAUAGCUGUCACGUUCUUAAUAAUGAGGAGAGUACGAAAAGCAAUGAAAAUAAUUCCAUAAAUAAAAUUUGUGACAGUGUUUCUUUACAUUGUGUUGAAAGAGCUCUAACUUUAAAUGAAUUCAGUGUGCAUAUAUCACAGAAUGUGUGUAGAAAUGAAUCUGUACUAACCAGCAAUGAUGAAAUUGUAGAUUCUGCUAUACAAAUAAAUUCAAAAGGAUAAUA